AUGGAUGGCGAAAAUCGGAUCAUACUCAAUGUGGGCGGAAUAAGAUAUGAAACCUACAAGGCAACGCUCAAGAAAAUCCCCGCAACACGUCUAUCCCGACUGACCGAAGCCCUGGCCAACUACGAUCCGGUGCUCAAUGAAUACUUUUUCGAUCGCCACCCCGGGGUCUUCACCCAAAUCCUCAACUAUUACAGAACUGGAAAACUGCACUAUCCAACCGACGUGUGUGGCCCGCUUUUCGAGGAGGAACUGGAGUUCUGGGGACUCGACUCAAAUCAGGUAGAACCAUGCUGUUGGUCAACAUAUAGCAUACAUCGCGAUACGCAAAACACCUUAGCCAUAUUAGAUAAGCUAGAUAUUGAAAAUGAGAAGCCCACGGAGGAGCAGAUAGCCCGUCUAUUUGGCUUUGAGGAGGCACUGAGCAACGGCGAGCUUAACUGCUGGCAGCGUAUAAAACCCAAGAUCUGGGCCAUGUUCGAUGAGCCCUCCAGCUCCACGGGUGCCAAGAUCGUUGCUGGCAUGUCGGUUUUCUUUAUAUUUGUUUCUGUGAUAUCAUUCUGCCUGAAGACCCAUCCCGGCUUUCGUGUCGAUCUGCCCUCCGGUGCCCACGAUGCCCACGGCCCAGGAGCGGGUGGUCCGCCCCACGGACACGAUCCCAUGGGAGAGCCACCGCAGAGCACCCAUCAGUACCAUCAGCACAGCAUCACGCCGCCCAGCGGCAGCAUCGGACCCACCUUUCGUGUCACGAACUACACGAGCUACAGCAGCGGCAACUUUACCGCUCCGGGCCAGGCCACGCCCAUCGCCACCAUCAAGGGCGGCCAGCGGCAGCGACUGAAACGGAAUAUCAACGGCAGCACCCUGAACGAGUUCAUCGAGGAGAAGAUAUUGGGCCACAAUGGAAGGAGAAAACACGGCUGGAUUGAGACGUAUGGUCAGCCGCACGAGGCCUUCUUCUACGUGGAACUGGUCUGCAACGUCUGGUUCUUCAUCGAGGUCAUCAUCCGGCUGAUUGUCUCGCCUAAUUUGUGGCAGUUCAUCAAAUCGCCGGUGAAUAUCAUUGAUUUCACGGCCACUCUGAGCUUUUACACGGACGUAAUGCAGCGCAUGGGUGAAUAUACGGGUCUCCUGGAGGCCUUCUCCAUCGUCAGGAUUAUGCGGCUGUUCAAGCUGACUCGGCAUUCACCGGGCCUGAGAAUCCUCAUCCACACGUUCAAGGCUUCGGCCAAGGAGCUGACUCUGCUGGUAUUCUUCCUCGUCCUGGGCAUUGUGUUCUUCGCCAGUUUGGCCUACUAUGCGGAGAAGUUGCAGGACAAUCCGGACAACCAGUUCAAGAGCAUACCUCUGGGGCUGUGGUGGGCCAUUGUGACCAUGACCACCGUGGGCUAUGGCGACGUGGCGCCCAAGACCUAUCCGGGCAUGUUCGUGGGCGCCCUCUGUGCGCUGGCCGGUGUGCUGACCAUCGCCCUGCCCGUUCCCGUCAUCGUUAGCAACUUCUCCAUGUUCUACUCCCACACACAGGCUCGCUCCAAGCUGCCCAAGAAGCGACGACGUGUCCUGCCCGUGGAGCAGCCGCGCCGCAAGAGGGAGCCAACUGCUCCGCAUCGCGGAAGGACGAACGCCAUCAAGCAGACGCCGCCCACUGGACCAGGACUGGUGACUCACGGUGGCGUGGGUCCAGUGGGCGCCGGAGGGGCGGGACUCGGAGGCCAUGCGGUGGGUCAUCCUGCGGCAGGGGCGCCCAUGUUCAAGGACGCGUUCGGCGGUGCCAAAAUCGGCACCGCGAACGUGAACGGCGUCAAUGUCAUUGGCCUGCAUCCUGCGCACAGGACGACGACCACGACCACGAUGGCGAUGGCGAUGAAUGAGGCGGAUCCGACGCCGCUGUCGGCGUUGACCUACCAAGUGCCUAUGCUCCAACCCACGCCCCCGCCCGCCCACAGUCACGGCCACGCCCAUGGCCAUGCCCACGCCCACGGCCUUGGGCCAGCGUCAUCGGCGGCGAUGACGUCAUCGGCAUCGCUUACAGGCUCAGCUGCCACAGCAGCCGUUGCCACAGCCGCCGCAGCCGCCCCCGCCGGUCCCUCGUUCAUCAGUUCGGACUACUUGAGCGUGCCGGCGGUGCAGAGCCUCCAGCCGCGGGCGGCGACGACUGGCCACGACUUCAUGCUGCCGCUCCAGCCAAAACUUCUGGGCCCCCUGGAACGCAAGGAUCAGCAUCCGCUGCAGCUGACUGCCCACAAUUUGGCCUCGGACACGCACCAGCUGUUGUACUCGGGCCACGCCCACUCGCAGCACAAGGUGGGCGGCGGGGCAGCGGUGCUGAAUGUGCCGCCCACGCUGAGCAUGACGCACACCCAGAUGCCACCCGGCAUCGCCAGCAUGGGCCAGCGAACGCCCAAUCUGAGUUUCCGGGCCGCUCACGGUGCCUCGUCCCAGGUGGCCACUCUGCAGCAGCCCAUUCCACACGCCCACGCCUCCCAUGCCUGCCACGCCGCCACGAACUGCAACAUCAAGAUUUCGGUUGCCUCCGCCGCCGGCCUCUCGGCGGGAUGUCCGGAUGAGUUUCGGACUCCCAAGGUGACGCUGCUGGACGAUCUCAGCGACGAUGUCAACUCCUCGACGGACGACUGCGGGGACUGUUGUCUGGUGGACGACAGCGAUACCUACGAGGGCACCACCAUCAACAAUGGUCCGAGUGGCCAGGAGAACGGAACGGAAGCCAUUGGACUGGACGACGGUCUUCUCGAUAACGAUGUGGAGGAUGAGGAUGAGGAGGAGGACGGCGAGGGCAGCGGCGUGGGUGGAGACAGCGGCGAUAGUCUCGGCGGGAUCUACAUUGGUCCCAGGCAUUGAUUGCCGGACAUUGGAUGGGAUUUUCGCAACUAAAACGGACUCACCAACUUCUGACAGUACUGCCUAAAACAGCU